GAGUAGGACGUCAGAGGGAGACAGUAUGCAGCCUGCCACAGCCUACAAAUGUGUGGGGGAUGCUGGAUGUAAAUAAAACGUUGUUUCCAUGUUUUUUUCUUCUUACACGCUCGGCUCUGGAUAUGGGGCUUGGGUAAAAUAGGCUAAUGCGUACAUAUAGUAUACAAGAGAAACGUUCAAAAUUAUACAGCCUAAGAAAGUGAACGAACUCUCAUUCAAACGGUAAGACUGAGUUUUCGUGAUAUUUCACAAAACCUAAACUCCUUGCUCUGAAAGCAGCAAAAAAAAAACCGGAGCGAGAAGAAGGGUGAGGACCGGGAGCGCUGGAAAGCUCUUCGCCGGCUUCCGGACAUUCAGGGGCGGCAUCAAAGCUGCAGUCGUCGCUAAACUGGACCGCCGAACAUCGUCGUUAUUGGAUUGGAAUAUCUGCGUUAUCUCGUGAGGGCUGGUCGUGUAUUUUUGUUUAUCAUGUCCAGGAAAGUCCAAAGAAGCGAGGUGUGUGCCGACUGCAGUGCGCCAGAUCCUGGCUGGAGCAGUAUAAACCGGGGUGUGCUGAUCUGUGAUGAGUGCUGUUCUGUGCACCGGAGCCUGGGACGCCACAUCUCCAUCGUCAAGCAUCUGCGCCACAGCGGCUGGCCUCCUUCCUUACUACAGAUGGUCCAGACUCUGGCCAGUAAUGGUGCUAAUUCAAUUUGGGAGCACUCCCUACUGGACCCUGCACAGGUUCAAAGCGGUCGCAGGAAACCUAACCCACAAGAUAAAGUGCACCCCACCAAGUCUGAGUUCAUUCGUGCCAAGUAUCAGAUGCUAGCCUUUGUCCACAAGCUGCCCUGCCGUGAUGACGAUGGAGUCACCACCAAGGACCUCAGCAAGCAACUGCAUUCGAGUGUGCGGACAGGGAGUCUGGAGACAUGUCUGCGGCUACUGUCUCUCGGAGCUCAGGCCAACUUCUUUCACCCUGAGAAGGGCACCACCCCACUGCAUGUGGCAGCUAAGGCUGGACAAGUCCUGCAGGCCGAACUGCUUGUGGUUUAUGGAGCUGACCCUGGAGCACCAGACAUCAAUGGCCGCACACCCAUGGACUAUGCUAGGCAAGCAGGCCAGGUGGAGUUGGCUGAGCGCUUGGUGGAAUGUCAGUAUGAGCUCACAGACAGACUGGCCUUCUACUUGUGUGGCCGACGCCCAGAUCACAAGAACGGACAUUAUAUCAUCCCUCAGAUGGCUGACAGAGCUCGCCCUAAGUGCCCGACGCAGAGCCUGGACCUGUCUGAACUGGCCAAGGCCGCCAAGAAGAAGCUACAAGCGCUCAAUAAUCGCUUGUUCGAGGAGCUGGCCAUGGAUGUGUAUGAUGAGGUGGACCGCAGGGAGAACGAUGCUGUGUGGCUAACAACUCAGAACCACAGCACGCUUGUUACAGAGAGGAGCGCAGUCCCUUUCCUGCCUGUUAACCCUGAAUACUCAGCCACUCGCAACCAGGGUCGACAGAAGUUGGCGCGCUUUAAUGCACGGGAGUUCGCUACGCUCAUUAUUGACAUCCUCAGUGACGCCAAGCGACGGCAGCAAGGCAAAGGCCUGACAAGUCCCACUGAGCCUCUGGAUGUGGGUCAGCCAGACGAUGAUCAGCAUGAUUAUGACAGCGUAGCUUCUGACGAGGACACGGACAGUGAGCUGACCACGCAGAACAACACCAACGCCCAGCGCAACAACCGCGCCAAGAGCAUGGACUCGUCUGACUUGUCAGAUGGACCCAUCACACUGCAGGAGUAUCUGGAGGUGAAGAAAGCCCUGGCCUCCUCCGAGGCUAAAGUCCAGCAGCUCAUGAAGGUCAACAACAACCUGAGUGAAGAGCUGAGGAGGCUUCAGAAAGAGAUCUCGCGGAUGCAGACGGAGAACACGGCGUUGCGGGGGGCCCAGGUUGGGGUGCCGGGGGCUCUGGGUGGGGGCGGCGGUGUGCCACUCUGGCCCGGUGGGGUGAGGGGAGUGGCAGGGGGAGGCGGAGGAACGGUCUGUGGGGAUUUGGGCCUGGCCCCGCCCUCCUCAGCCCCGCUCCGCAGGGACAGGCAGGCCUUCUCUAUGUACGAGCCUGGAGCAGCCGCCCCCAAAGCCCUCGCCCCAGCGCUGGACUCCCUAACCGACCACCUGCAGCCCCUUGGCCCCAGCGUGCGUAAAGGGUCUCCUGCAGGCCCCACACCCUAUGGAGGACCACACCUGUCAGCCUCCAUGGAGGUGGGGCGAUAUAUGGCUCCUAAGACAGAAAAACAUGGUAGUGGCACUGACAGUGACUAUGAUAAUACUCAAACAUAUGACACCUCACUUGGCGUCGGCCGUAGCAGUGAGGAGGACAGCCGAGGGGAGGUGGAGGAGAGUGGUGAUGGUGGGGAGCCAGACCCCACGCUGCCAUGCACGGAGGAUGUCAUCCUGAAGACUGAGCAAGUCACCAAGAACAUCCAGGAGCUGCUUAGAGCAGCACAGGAGUUCAAACAUGAUAGUUUUGUGCCAUGCUCAGAGAAGAUUCAUUCAGCUGUGACAGAAAUGGCCUCUCUUUUUCCUAAGAGGCCAGCGUUGGAUGCUGUCCGCUCCUCUCUGAGGCUGCUGGGGGCCAGUGCCUCUCGACUACAGGUAGAGUGUCGCAAGGCGGCGCCCUCUGAGCCGUCGGCCAGCACAGUGGACUACCAGCUCCUCACACAGCAGGUCAUCCAGUGCGCCUAUGAUAUUGCCAAGGCCGCCAAACAACUGGUCACCAUCACAACCCGUGAGAAGAAGCAGUGACCCACUGUGUGAGCAGGGCACAUGCUUUACUGAGAGAUGGGCAGGGGGACGCACUACAGAAACGGGACAGGAACGGGCAUGUUGGUGGUGAAGGAAAGGACUAGAAACAAACGGAGCUGCUGAAGUUAAGAAUGAAACAAAUGAUGGAAGGAGGAAGCAUAUGGAUGUUGAAUGUUGAGAAUGAUGAAAGUGAAAAGGAAAUGAAUGAAAAGGAAAGAAAAUAUUGCGAGUGAUGAAAAGACAAUGAAAGAAGGGAAGCUACAAGCAGCUAUCACCACCAAAAUGGAGAGAGGGUGGCUUCGUGGGAGACUUUUUUCGGAACGGCAAAUCAUCUCACUCCUCUGGCUCUUCUGUUAUCGGGUUUUUCUCUACCCGAACCCUUCACUCAAGUUUUACUUUCUCUUUUUUUCUGUCUCUUUCUUUCACACACACACACACACACACACACACACCACACACACACACACACUCGUACGCGCACACACACAUACAUACACACACACACACACACUUUCUUUCACAUGUACAAACACACAGUUCAGUGCUUGUGGCCUUUUACUAUACUCACUGCGGCUCUUCUGGUUCAUGUUCACAUAUACAUUCUCUUUUAACACUACACAAACACACACACACACACUCACUCCCAGCCUUGUUCCAGAGAACCAGACCACCGCCCCUAGCACCACUGUGUGUUUGUUUGUGUGUUGUCUUUAUCUCUCUGUUUUGCUGUCAUUGUUUUUAUUUUUCUCUUAAUCUCUCUCCUUCCUCAAUCCAUUUUUAUUUUUGAAUGCCACUUCACUGGCCUGUACCUCUCGGGACAAAUGCUCAGACUUAAAAAAAGAAAACACUGGAAUUAUUGUAAUGAUUAUGACUAUAGUUUUGUAUUAAUGUAAUGAUUAUCAUUGUCAUUGAUGGAUUCUUCUGACAUUUGUUAAAUAUGUAUUAUUAUUAUUUUUUGGUUAAUUUUUUUUUGUUUUUUUGGUUAUUAUUUCACUUUUUGUUAUUUCAUUUAUCACGUGGUCAAGAAAAAAAGGGGAGCGUUCUUGAAUGGGACACUCAGAUCUUACAGUAUUGGGUGUGUUCACAAACCUGUGAAAAGAUCCCCCUGAUCUUACCGGACACGCCUGUACUCUAGGGAACAUGUUUGGAUCACUAUGUGUCACUAUGUGUACAACUCUCUUGCAUUCAUCAUAGCCAAACGAGAAUGACGAGUGUGAGAACACUGUAGCGAUGACCUUACCCUUUUGAGCACAAAGGCAGUGGUCAGCGUUGACCCAGACGGCUGUGUACACUGAUGUCGGAAGGUAAAGUCAGCUCUCAUCCUGAUGAGGAGACAGAUCUAUUCAUCUCAUCACUAUUCCUCCAUUGUGGGCUCAUUUCGCUACAUUCUCUGCCUGCACCUUUCAGUUUAGCAACAAGGAGCUCCGCUCUGGUGGGACGGUUCUCUCUCCAGCUCUUCCAUCGUACUUUAUUUGAGAGUAUCAAGUCGGCUUCUUUAGUGGUGUAGUGCGUUAGGGAACUUUGAUGUGAGACCUUAUUUCCUGGACCAGAUUUGUUUUUCUGAGAAUAUCAGAUUUUUAUGUAGUAUGCUUCAUGCCUCUUUUAUUGGAAAGCAUGUGUACUGUCAAUGUAACAAGACCCUUAUGUUAUAUAAGCUACAUGGAAGUGAAUGUUGGUGGUAGAAGACCGCCAUCAACUUUCUCCUCCCAGGCACUUCAGCAGGUUACGGUAAUGGGGAAAAAAAAAGACAGCUGUGCUGUAUAAACCUCUCCCUCAGUUGAUCCAGGAGCAAUGAAGCCAGUGUGGGUGAGACUGUAGGCAGCAGCAGGGGACUGUGGGUUACUGCUGAAUGGCUCUUAGCACGACGCAGUCAUUUCAGCUGAGAAGUACUUCUCAUGAUGUUUGUGGGGAUGGUGAACUGGAGCUUUCAAAGCGCAAACACACUAAGCACUACUUAAUCUAAACACUAUGUUCAUCAUCCUGAGGCUUAAUUUAGACAGCCAUGUAAGUUAUUCACACAGGCCUGUCUGAUGCUUACUUUAACACAAAAAAAUGAGUUUCUAUCUGGACCACAUUCACAUUUCAGCAGGUGAUCGCAUAGUGAUGGUGUCUGAACAGAGGUGGAAUUGUUUUACCUUGUCCAGAUGCAGCCUGCAUGACAUCAGCUUCACUCAAAUACUGUCAAUUUAUUUUCAGUGUUACACGGUUAGUUUUGUAUGUUUCCUUUGCCACUAUAUAAGCCUUAAAAGUUCUUCGGUUGCAAUUUUGCUUACGUUGUUUCUUACAUUGUCUAAGAUCCCAUGUGAAUUUCAACCAGUACAUGCACUUGCCUUUUUGUGUUUGGGGAAUGGGAUGAUGCAUUUCCCUUAAAAUGUGUCAAAAAAGAUUGUCGGAGAGAAUCUGUCAUCAUUGCCUUUGCACAUCUGCCAGACUGAUUCUUUGUAGCAUCUGUUGUUUUGAUAGUUGCCAUCUCUUUUAUCCUCUUUGACCUCUCUGGGUAGCACACAUAGAACAGAGUUAUUGAGUAUGUGUCACGCAGAUCGGUAAUGUUAUACGGUGGUUCUUGGGAGUUGUUUAUUUUUGUGACAGUAGUUAGAUAUUGGGAGAACCCAGGAGGUUAGCACCAAACUGGGAGAAGAGAUGGGGAUGUGUGUGUUGGGAAAGCGGGAGCCUUUGCACACACUGACUGCAUGAUUUAUCCAGCACAAUGUUGGGCUCCUUUGGUGUAAACUGUAGAAAUGUAAUGUCUGCCUUUGUCCCACGCAGCCUCAUGCCAUCAUGCAGUCAAUGCACACAUGAACAAAGCCUUCACAUGCACGCAGACGUGCGUGCACUCGAGCGAGCAUCCACAUCCUACUUUUGCGUAGUCUCUUCUUCGGUUCAGUCCAGCCCACUGCACUGUACUCAUAAUGACUGUUCUGAGAUUGCUGAUGGGAGAAAUUCUUUUAGAGUUAACUGUAUAAAAUAAAGAAAUAAACAACUAAGCAAAAACAAAUCAUAAUAGAAACUCGUAAGCUGUACAUUUGUAAUAAAGACAAAAAAUGUUAAUUGUCCUA